AAAUUAUGUUUUACUGAGUUAUACGGUUUCAUCCAGUCAAUAAGCAGCUGAUGGUUUAUACGGAGAAAUUUACGGGGAUGACUCGGGGUUGAAAAUGGCUGCCUUCGACGACAAGAAAAUGUUGCUGGCUCAUAUUCGUCACUCCUUUGUGACUAGCGAUGAUACAGGUAUGUGCGAAUUGAUUAUGAUUAAAGAGGACGUGGAACAAGAGAUCGAGAAUGACCACUCUUACCAGAAGAAAUCCCUCAGAAUGCAGCAAAGAUAUAAGCAAGCUGAGAAGCGUAGUACAAAUAACAUGGCCGCGUCGUAUGAUAUACAAGCAAGUCCCACUCUCUCUAGACGACCACCUCUUAAAAACACGUCAGACAUGUUUCAGAUAAUGGAAAAGAAGAAGGCAAGCAGAGUUAGAACUGUACAGUGGGAGAUUACACCUUUAGAAUUAGUUGAUAGAAGUUUAUUUGCUCCUCAACCAAUAAGACCGCACCCAACUGGCCCCUCUCCCCUGAAGCAACUUUUAGCUGAACAAGACAAGAAAAAAUCUAAUCCUUUUUAUAAGUAUAGUAAAUUCAACGGAGAGAAUCAUGGACCAGCUUCAUCGAAUAAAUUUUUAAUGUUUUUAUCAAUGGCAAAGGAUCCACUUUAUCCUGUGGAAGUAACAGUUUUACAUACUGCUACAAUUCAGGAUCUUGUAGGUGUGACGUUUUGGAAAUAUUACGAAGAAGGAAGAAAACCUUUCUACUUGAAAGGGAUUGAGAGUUAUGCAGUAAUGAUAGCUGAUGACGACGGAGAGAUUGAUACUGAUCUUCCUGAGCUACAAGGAGAUGACUACAUUUCAAAGUUUGGCUUCAAAUACCUUGGGAUUGUUGAAAGAUCAAAUCCAGACGAUGUCAAAAUUGAAGAUGUACCUGCCAAAUAUAAGAUAGUCAAAGUGUAUUACGAAAAUGGUGGGUUCUCUACAAUAGCCAUUAGCGAAGACGAUGUUGAAAUGAGCGAGAUACUAGCAAGAGUUAUUAGAAAAAGGAGACUUCAGAUACACGGCUAUGAACUAGAAAAGAAGGACUCCCCUGGUGAGUUUAUAAACCUCAGGAGCUCACUUUCCAGUCAAGGGACACUGGACUUCAUGCUAGUCAGAAACACACGUCAGGGACACACUCCUUCUUCAUCAGUAGAGGAUGAUGUAGAUUCUCCUGAUGUUGGGACUGAGGUAACUAGUCAUCUUUACACGUCUUUUAGUGUCACAAUGCUACACAGAAUGCGAUCAAAUACAAGAGUACAGCUAGGUAUUGAUCCACAGAGGGAGAGAGUUGAGAUCCAACCUAUAGAGUCGCUGAAAGGCUUUCUUGCUAAACCUUUAAAACCUAUGAAAUAUGACAUUAAUGAAAUAUCGAGCGUGGACAUUUUGGAAGAGAAGCCGCCAAAUGCUGUCUUCAGAAUAGUAAGACUUACUAAAGAAGGAAGCGUCAAAAAUAUAGAUUUUGAGGCACCACACAAUAUAACUAAGAAAAUCGUCGCAAAGCUAAAAUUGAUAAUCAGUGACAGCCCAUCUUCAAUCAAAUCAAAGCAGAAAUGACCGAGUGGGGACACACUUUAUUUUUUUAAUAAUCAUUUAUUAAUAUCUUUCUAUCUAUCUUUGUUUGUUUUUAUUACAUGUUUAUUAAUAGAUGGUGUAUAUUUGAUGGGUAAAA